AUGUCGCAGAAUGACAACCAGAUCAAUAUUCCUCUCGAGGAAUAUGUCCAAUACAAAGUUAACGAAAACGAAAUUUCUGUUCUUCGAGAGCAAAAUGAGCGCUUGCGGACAGACAACAACACCGUCACAUCAACAACAACUUCCUUCAAAAACUCAACCUCUUCCAUUUUCCUUGACAUUCAGAACGUCUCUAAAGACAUUUUAAAGUACAAAACCGAGAUCGACGCAUACAAAUUACAACUGAAGAAUCAACAAGAGGCUUGUGCACUGGCAAUUACUGAGAAGGACGAAAAGCCCAAAAAGACACGCAUCACCAAGACAAAGAAAAAAACAAAAGAGAAGAAGGACGAAGAGAAAAAGCCCAAGCGAAAAUACACAAGGAGGAAACCACUCAAAUCAAAGGAGGCGAAGGACUUAAAGGAGAAAAAAGAGGAGAAAACCGACUCAAAGUAA